AUGCAUGACUACGGCAGAUUCGCUGCCCUUUCUAAUUUAGAAGAAGAAGAAGAAGAAGAAGAAGAAGAAGAAGAAGAAGAAGAAGAAGAAAGAGAUGGUGAUGAUAACGACGGAGAGAAGCUUGACUACUCUUACGGGAAAUAUGAAGCAGCCUCAUUACCUGUCGAAAGGUACGACGCGACAUCUGAGUACAGCCUCGGCCUCGGGACCACGAGAUCCGAUUUGCCAGGAUCGAAAGAUCCUCAUGGCGAAGCCGAUUUUCCUAGUACGGAUCUAAUCCGCCAUGAAAAGCAAUAUUCGUAA